AUGAGCGGAACAAAGGGCGAGAUUGCGAAUAAGAUACGUGAGGGGGCGCAAAGGCGUGGGGAGGAGAUUCAGCGCAUCCGACAGCUACGACGGGAACGCCGUGAGGAACUGAAGGAGAGAGCAUCGAAUGCUUCUUCCGCUGGCAACUCCAGUUUCAUUCCGUACAUACUUAUUUCUCUUGUGUUUCUGAGCUUUCCCUUGUCGGAGCCGAAAGUUGACUGGUUGCUCGUCUGUCUCUUCCUUGCGUUAAACGGUACGUGGACGAUUUUCUUCCGCUCCACGUCAUGGAUAAACUGGGCCAUUAUGUGCGUCUCUAAUAUUGUCUUGGUGCGGUGGUCCCCUUUUAUUCCAGAUUUGCCGCGAAUAAUCAGUCAGUUGUCACCUACACAUGUGGCCGUCUAUGUGAGCGGGAACAUCUUUUUAUGUAUUAUUCUGUAUUUUGGCUAUGUUGAGCGGCGAGCCCCGUGGAACGCGUCAUCGAGAAAAAGCGGGAAGAAAUCAACGCGAAGCGACAAGGGGGAUGGGGAACAAGUCGAGUCGUUGGAAGAGUUUGCGAGGCGUCGGGACUGGAUGAAUCGGCUUGACUUGGCCGCCUCGGGGAUGAUUUUGGGAAAUGUAGCACUUCUGAUUGUUCUAGGCGUGGUGCCGCUUGAUUUAUUUAUGCAAUCUCUUCGUCAAUUUUUUUCGUUUGUUCGGUAG